AUGCUACAACCAUUCAGCAAAACCGCCGUUGCGGUCACCACCCGAGCCGCCACCAGGCGAGCUCCCACGGCCAAACCAGCGACGGCAUCACGGCCAUUCUCAUCCUCAUCCCAAUCACAGUCACGAUCUCCACCACCAACCUCAUCAACAAGACCAACAAGAACAACAACAAGAACCACCGCUACCACCGAAGCCCAAGCCCAAGCCCAAGCCAAAGCCGAAGCCACCCAAAAAAUCAGGCGCAUCAUCUUGACUGUCUCCUUCGCCGCCGUUAUCUUCACAGGCACCAUCUACGGGGCCGGGCUCAAGACGCAGCAGGAGUGGAAAGCCGAAAAGAAAAAGGUGCAGGAAGCUAGCGUGGACGAAAAGGUGGCCAUGCUGGAGCGGCAGAAACUGGAUAUGCUCCGGCAGAAGACGGAGAUCGAGAGCAAGGUAGCAAACCCUGCGAAGGGUGGCCGGGGCGGUGGUCAAUAA